AUGUCUGAAGCCGACGAUGCGCCAGAAAUGGCCCAACCCGCCCCGAACCCGGACGCCCAGACGACGGUCAACGACUUCCUCGACUACACCGAAUUCUUCCCGUCGGACCUGGUGCGCUCGCUGACGCUGAUUGCCGACCUCGAUUCCACCUACUCGGACGCCGUCCAGCAGGUGCACGAGCUGACGGUCCAGUAUGGCAAGCUGCCCGCCCUCCCCGAGCAAGAGCGUCCCGAUCCGGUAUUACUACGCAAGAACAUCGCCCAGCAUCUUCAAAAGGCUAUCAAUCAGCGAGAGUUUGCCUACACGGAAGCGUCGCGGCUGUAUGAGGUCACUGUCCGCCACUGCCAGCGCUCCUCAGUCAUCAAGCGGAAACUCCAAGCCCAGCCACAGCCGCCCUCACGCGACCCGACGCCCCCGCCAGUCUCUCCCAGCGCCCACCGACCCGUAAACCGCGACUACAUACGCCCCGCCCAUCUGCGCCUCACCUUCGAUGGCGGCCGACAUGGCGCCAACACCUCACGACCCCGAGACAGGCACCGGAAGACCGCCGUUCCUCUGCCACGCGGACGUGGACGUCGCGGUGCAACAUACUCGUCAGACUCAGAUGGUGGUUCAGGCAUCGAUGUGGCUUCGCCCAGGAAGCGCAAGGACAACCGGGACAGACAUUCAAGGGCAACUGGGGGCAGGUCGCGCGCUGCUGGCGUACUCGGUACCAACGUGCACAGCUCCAUCGCCGGCAUAUCCACCAGCAAUGCGCUCGCACAAUUGGCCCCACCACCAGCCGACGCGAAACCCGGCAGCAAAUGGGCGCCCUGGAAGAAGUUGACCGAAUACGAAAUGGCCGUCCUGCGCAAGCAGAUGAAGAAGAACGCCGUAUGGACUCCUAGUCAGACCAUGAUGAUACGCGAGCUGGAGAAGAAGCACCGCACAGAGGCCGACUACGAGAGGGAAAAGGCUCGCUGCGAGGCGACAGGCGAACACUUCCUCGACGAAGAGCCCGAGACGCUGCAACAGAUUAUGACAGCUUCUGGCCUGGGCCUUUUGGCACCGCAUGGCCCGCAGGCAGCAAAUCCACCCCCGCCAAUCGAGUCUGUCGAGGAAGAUUCCAGGGAAGAAUCCGGUCCAGUCAGCAUCCGCCUCAAGCCUGUCGCGGCAAAAGAAGGCAGAAAGCUCGACCGCAUGUCGCAGCGCCAAAAGGCUAUGCACGACGCCCAGGAGCUCAUUGGCGCUUCUGAGAAGGUAAAAGAAGCUGCUAAGGAGCUUACGGAGCUCAACUUCAGCUCUAGUGUUGCAACUGCGAAUCAGAAGAAGAAAACUCCGCUCAGACUAUCGAAUAAGCGGAAGCGCGAUGCAUCCCCUCCACCCACCACCGACGGCGCCAUCGAGACCACCAGAGAAGCAUCGGUAGCAACUCAAGACAGCGCGUCAAGGCCGCCAGAACCCAAGCGCGCCCGUCUGCAGCUCAUUGCUCCUGCACCAAGCUCAGUCGCCUCCCCGAUACCGACUCCCAACUCGACCGUGUCCACCCCUCGCGAUCGGACGGCCUCCGUUGUGCCCUCCCCCAGAGUAAGCACACCGGUACCAGUCCCAGAGCCUGCAAAGCCAUCAACGAAUGGGAAUACCGUCCAAGUGCCGCUUGCGCCAGCAGGUCCAAGCACGCCGAAAGUCAACAAGGCCGUCUCGAAAGAGGCAAGUCCUGAGCUCACACCCAUUACAACGUCGCCAGUACCGCCAGAGGAGUCACCUGCUGUGGCACAGGCUCCGCAAGCACCAGUACCUGUUAAAGCCCCAACUCCUCCAGCUUCAGUCUCAGUCUCAGUCUCAGCACCAACAGCAGCUUCGACCAGGCCCAAACGCGAAUCCGUUGCUCCGAAAGCUCCCACUCCGCCUGUGGCCACUCUCCCGCCCACGAAGUCCUCAAAGACACCUACACCCGUGCCUGAGCCCCGCCCAGAGACACCUGCAGCACCGACCCUACGCCCUCGCUCCGCACGCGGCCAUGUCCCCACACCCAAGGCGCAAAGCGAAGAGCCCAAGCCGAACGAAGAAGGUAGGAUAACUCGCGAAACCCGUCGUCAUAGUGUCUUUAGCCAACCCGCAACCACGCUCACAGUACCUGCACCCCCACCCCCACCUACCCGCACUAGUAGCCGGCGGAAGCCUCCUCCAAAGGGUGAAGUCACGAAUGCAGAAGACGGCCAAAAGACAGUCACAAACGUCAAACGCGCCCAAGGCAGCAAGAACAAGAGGAAGAAAAAGGCAGAAGAAGAGGCGGAGCAAGCCGACGACAUCGAUCCCAAUGAGCCCCGAUACUGUAUCUGCGACGACGUUAGUUACGGGCAGAUGAUAUCGUGUGAUAAUAACUGCGAUAAGGAGUGGUUCCAUCUCCCCUGCAUGGACAUGACCGAAGACGACAUCCCCUCCCGCCGCGCCAAAUGGUACUGUCCAGACUGUCGCGUUACACUGGGCACAGAUGCUUAUGGCAACCCUUUGGUUCCGCCUCCGCUGCCGGGUCGCCGCGAGGUAUUCGACCAAAAGAUCCGCUACCAAAUCGCCAAUCACUUGCCUUUUGUCUACUUCGACUAUGAAUACGAAUCUUUCCAGGAAGAUUCCAGAGAUUGCGAAGCUGAUAAGAAAGUUCUACAUCACAUGCUCCCGGAAAUCCUACAAAGCACUGUUCGAAAAGCCUUUAACGAUCCGCUUGUUGCCUCUAUCGAGGCACGCGCUGAAGCGGUCCUCAAGAUCGAAGGCCGUCCCCACGAUGAGAAGACCAAAACUCAAUACGUCGAGUACAUCUUCCAGUAUGUGACCCGAGGAGGCAAGAUAGCAGCUAUCGAUCGGGCACUUCGCUCGCCCAGCGACUAUCCGCUUUCUAGUUCCACAGAACGGGCCGACCUAGUUGGCGCUGCCGCUGUAGGUAGCCUGGCGGUGGUGAAGGAUCUUCUCGAGGAGAACGAGUCAGACUGGCCCUCGUGGCCAUACUUCCGACAGCAUGCGACCAACGACAACAUCUACAUAGAUCCUCUUCGAGCAGCAGCGUCUAAUGGACACAUAGAAGUCGUACAGCAUCUACUCAAGGCGCUUAAGGAUUUCGGAGGUGCAGAAAAGUGGACCGACACUUUCAAGCACAGAUUCCAAUGCAUCCUUACCGCGGCUAUUCAAUCCAAACACCGCCAAACAAUCCUUACGUUGGCAGUAGUCGCUAGGAAGAACGAAGUCUGUGACUCCAGCUUGACUCACGUGGGUCUAGCCUGUGCUGAACUCUGGAUCAGGACUGCCAUCAAGACCGGCUGCAUGGAUACUUUCAAGACUACUAUGGCGGUAGUUGGCAGUACUGCCCCCAUAUCCGCAAAGACACUCGUAGCAUAUGCGAUGCUCUUCGCAUGCGAGUACGGCCAAGUGGAUAUCCUUCGUCAUCUCAUCGCCCAUAACCCCACCUGCUUCCAGCGGGAGGGUCCCGUAGCAGGUUCGGACAUAGCCCGUCGGUACAAGACUAAAGUCGAACAGACUUUGGGUUUGUCCUGCAUGCAAAUCGCCGCCCAGUACCUCCAACGUCGCAUCAUCGAUGUACUCCUCGAACAUGGCGUUUCCAUCAACGCAGGCUACCCAAUCAUACGCGCCAUGGAGUUCGAAAACAUCUCCAUCGUCAAGUACAUGCUCGACCACGGCGCGGAGUACAACCGGCAUAUACAUAAGGAAUGUCUUAUGCAGCUGGGUCAUGGAGCCAAUAGAGCCUUGAGCGAGUUCAAGGAGACGGAUAUGUUGCCUGUUGUCUUCUAUCUCGUGGCUAAGCAUAUGGGAAAGCCGCGGUAUUCGUUUCGUAAGAGCGGGGUGGAGCAACGCCUUAUGGGCUUUGUUGAGGAUAUGGAGGGUAGUGAGUUUUGGAGGGGGAAGGUUGAGGCUGUACUUGGGAAAGAGAUUCUCAAUGAGCCGAGAUGCGUGGAGUAUCAAAGCAUUCUUGUCAACAACAAGGCUACCUUUCUCAAGAGAUGCACCGUCGAUAGGCCAUGGUUGGUUGGACAGAACAACAUCACCAGCAACCCUGCAGAAGUCGUCACCAACCAGACAUUCCUCGACACCACGCCUCCAGAAGCUCCAAAAAUAGGAUCUGUCAAGACUCUUAUUGAUUGUGCACGUAAGGACAGCCCUAAAGACAGGCCAGCAUCGGAAGACGAAGAUAUAGAGAGGUGGAUCGACGACAAUCUUCCAUCAGCCAAGCGUCCCAGAGAAAGAGUAACAUCCAUCGUCUCCAUCUCAUCCACCAGCUCUUGCGACAUGCAUACCAACACGGACGUCAGCGAAGACGAAAUGGAGCAUGAUGUUCGGCCAAUACAACCAUCUCCAGUACCCAUGCAGAAAAUCAUUGAGCUCAUCCUGCGCAAGGUCGAAAUCAACCUCCGCAAUGCAGCUUACAAGCAAUGUACUGGACGCAGCGCCGCGCACAGCCAAGCUAGAUCCACGCUGCCUUCGGGCCAGAGUAGCCGCAAGACGUCUGUGAGCUCAGGUUCAAAGCGCAAGUCCCGUUUGGAGGGCACCCCACCGCCAGAUGAUGACGACGGAGAUGGCUCAAGCAAGCGACGCCGUGGAUCAACAACAACUACCGACGAGUCCGAGACCGGUGCGAGGUUCGCGUGUCCUUUUUACAAGCACGACCCGGAUCGGCACCGCAACAGAAGAACCUGUCCCGGGCCUGGCUGGCCGACCGUUCAUCGAAUGAAAGAGCAUCUCUACCGGUCACAUUCCCAACCGAUAUUCUGUCCAAUUUGCUACGCGACCUUCAAGUCAGACAAGGAGCAAUCGAGUCACGUGCGUCUACAGCAAUGCGAGAGAUCAUUACCCCAACAGAUCGAAGGGAUCGACCGCGAAACUGUGUGGACGCUGAGGAAGCGCACCACUGCACUGAGACUAGAGGAAGACAAAUGGAGAGAUGUAUAUCAGGUUCUCUUUCCAGACGUAUCUGCCGCCGAGAUACCCAGUCCCUUCUACGAUUGCGACUCGCCUAGCGAAACAUCGCGACGCUUCCGCAGAGACCUUCUGCGCCGCGUACAAGAAGAACUACUCGUGGAAUCCGGACAAGUCCCCACUCCAGCCGAGCAACAGCUCCUACAACGCGUGGCCCACAUCGUGCGCCGUUGCGAGCACGAUUUAUUGAAUCAAGCGCAGCCGCCAUCUUCCCCACCCUCCAACCCAGACCGACGUGCAAGUGCCAGCUCUAUAAAUAGCUCGUACCAAGCCACGCCCCUACCCGCAGCCACUCCGGCCUUUCAGAGGCCAUCCCUAGCAGUAGCAACAAACGUGACUGGUCGGGAACACAGGUAUGAUUCUCUUGUUGAGGCAGAUGCAGCGCCGUAUAUACCAGAGCCUACAAUGGAGUUUGGUGAUGUGGUUUGGAAUGAUCCGCCGUAUGUUUUUGGCACGGGGAUUAAUUGGGAGGCUGUCUUUCCGCCUGCGUCUGAGACGCAGUAUUUGGGGAGUGAUGAGGUGGGUACGAAUUUUUCGGUGCCGAUGUGGACGUAG